AUGAGUGAAUUCGACUCCCGUUUCCUCCGCCGUCUGGUAGGGACCAAGGUCACCACCUUUCUCGAAUUCGACCCCCUGCAACAGCCGUCUGCUGUUUCUUCCUCCGCGUCUGCCGCCUCUCUCUCUGCGGCCCCACUUCGGGCUUCCCCACCCGGAAUCUCCCCGCUAGCCGCCUCGCCCCCUUCUGCAGCCUCGCCGUCGGCGGUCUCGCUCGCUACGGACUCUGCCGCAGCGGCCACGCUUAAUACGGCAACAUCCACAACGGCCCCUUCCAUUUCCUUGUCUGGUUCGUCCCCGCCAGAGAUUGGUUGCUCGUGGAUAAUCACGAAAAAGCUGUCAGAGAGGGCUGUUCACCUCACACAGGAAGACGUUGAUAUGGGCGGUGGGUCACCCAUGACUGUAGGUAAAUUUUUAUGCUGUCUAGAGGAGGACCCGACGCGAAUGGCCUUCAUGCGAAUUUAUUAUCAGAUUCCCAUCACUGGCACUGAGGACGCUGAUCUGGCCACACUAGCCCAACAAAUCCAACCUCCUGAAGUGUGUGGUGAACUUGAGGCGUUUAGGCUGCUAAUGAGUCAAGGGUGUAGCUCUGUCCCACGUUUCUAUGGCUACUGCGAAAAACAGCAAGGGGAGCAUGACCUUGUUCCUGGAGGCUUUGUCAAGUACGUUGUGUGGGAGAAGGUGCCUGGGGAGCCUCUUACAGAGGAAUUUUUCUGGAGCUUGGAUCCUGGUACACGAGAGGAUAUCCGUGUUCAUUUCCGUGCUGCCUUCGAAGAGAUGCUACGCUGUGGUGUAAAACCACAGAUGUCUAGAAUCUCCAAGAUCAUUUAUGAUCAGUCCACCGGAAAUGUUCUAGUCGCAUCUCAGGCUUCCGAAGAGGAUGGCCAAUUCGUGAUAAAUUGGAAUGGUCAGACACCCGUUAUGUCGAGUACAGGCUGGCCAAGCAACACCACGACAGAGACUGGCCCUGACCCGCGGAAAUGGAAGUAUUAA